CUCUUACUUUCUCUAGUGAACACAGACACGCAGACAUGAAUAGAGGGCUCUGGAUCUCUUGACACACUGAGCCCAGGGAACCAGUGCUCCCAAGGUAACAACAAGAACUGAAUGAUGAUCUUUUGGUGGUUCCUGGCACUGCUGCUGGGAUCUGUUGAAAUAUAUAGAGCCCAUGAAUGUGAUGUGUUCACUUAUCUGGACCUUUAUCACGCUAUCAUUGGAACCAGUCUGUAUGUGAAGCUGUUGCUAUACACCAGAGCUAAUCUGACCUGUGGUCAGGAGCUGUCCCACCAUAACCUGUCAGCCCAGCCCCAGUUCAACCUCACCAAGCCCACCACUUUUGUCGUUCAUGGCUACCGUCCUACGGGCGCUCCGCCCAACUGGUUGAAUAACAUCAUAGAGCAGCUGUUGGCCCGCGGAGACAUGAAUGUCCUGGUGGUAGACUGGAACCACGGAGCUGCCAAUAUCAACUACCUGAAAGUUGUGACCUACUCACGAGAUACAGCGGACAACCUCACUGCCUUCAUCCGAAACAUGCAGGAGAAUGGUGCCUCUCUUAGUUCCAUCCAUAUGAUUGGGCUCAGUCUAGGAGCUCACAUCACAGGCUUUGUUGGAGCCAAGUUCAAUGGCAAAAUUGGGAGGAUCACAGCUGUAGAUCCAGCGGGGCCUCAGUUCAACGGGAAACCCCCUGAGGAUCGUCUGGACCCUACAGAUGCACAGUUUGUGGACGUUGUGCACACAGACAUGGACGCAUUUGGUUUCAGGAAGCCUUUGGGCCACAUUGAUUUCUAUGCUAACGGUGGAGCCGACCAGCCUGGCUGUCCACUGACCAUCUUAUCAGGGUCCAGCUAUUUUAAGUGUGACCACCAGAGAUCAGUGCUCCUCUAUCUGGGUUCCCUGAACCGGACCUGUAACAUCAGGGCCUUCCCCUGCACCUCCUACACUGACUUCCUGGACGGACUUUGCAUGGACUGUGAUCAAUUCAAACCUGCCGGAUGCCCUGUAUUUGGUUAUGACAUCAUAGAGUGGAAGGAGUCUCUGGUGCCUCGGCGGCAAACCAAGGCUUUCUUCACCACCAAUAAACAGACACCAUACUGCAAGACAAACUAUUGGGUGGACAUUGUAACAUGGAACCGUGAUACUCGCUGGGGCUACAUCACCAUAAAACUACACAAUGGUAGUGAGGUGACAGAGGCAACAAUAAACCAUAAAGCAUCCAGUUUUAAGAAGUACUCAGAGACCCGAUUACUGGCCCAGUUUGAAAAAGACCUUCAGAAAGUCCACAAGAUCUCAAUCAAAUUCUCCAGGGUGAAUGCAUUUAAACCUAAGUACAAACUACGGGUGCUCCGCAUCCGUCUCACACACUUGGAGCGCAAAGACAGGCCUCUCUGCCGCUAUGACGUUCUCCUGGAGGACAACAGAGAGGUGACCUUCAGAUCCAUCCCCUGUAAGGAGUCCAACUUUUGAGACAAUAACAGAUACACAGUAUGAUGUAGAGAGUCAUCAGUGGCCAUUUGAUGGCUCUCUGGGUAAAUGGAGUGAGGCGGUUGACCUAGGUAGCCUACAUGCUACUCACCCUCUGGUCCUUGUAUUCAGUGGCUUAAGUCUAGUAUGAGUCCAGAGCAUUGUAAAUGCGUGCAAGUGUGAUGAUUUUAAUGAAUGAUAUAUUGUAUUCAUUUAUUAAUUCUUAAAAAGUACUAUGAUGAUUGUGUCUGUAUCACUGAGACCACUGUGUGGUAUAAUAUCUCUGGGAAACCACUACUACAUACAUAUUUUAUUAAUGUAAAUACAUUUGAAAAAAUGUGGAAUGAGAGCCACGUCAAUGGGUCAUUACACAAAGAGUGCAUUUUGUAUCCCUUUGAUAUCUUAACCCCUCUGCGGAAAGAUGACUCUCUCGAACACGAUUGUGUUCUCCGUUUUGCUCUACGACCCCCACAAGUGUCUUGGGACUCGUCUGUCAGUAAAUAUCAGUUGUUUUGCUCUAGGACCUCACAAGACUUGUCUGAAGGUCCCCCGGUACCAGUUUAGUGCCAAACAUAAGGGUUAAAUACAUGUUCCCUGCUCUUUCUUAUAUCUCUCAGAUAUACGACAGACAUUUAAGAACGAACUUCCUUUAGAUUUUUAUGGGGGGGC